CUUAGUCCGGCGGUGCGGAAUGGUUGUUCAGCAGCUGGCGGAUCCUGGUCCUAUGAAGGAAGUACAGGUCCGAGUAACUGGGGCCACUUGGUGGCGUCGUGCAACGGGCGCCGGCAGUCGCCCAUCAACAUCGAGACGGCGAACGUGAAGCGCGAGAACUGGAAGGCCCUCACCUUCAAGAACUACGACAUGAAGCCUCGCAGGAUGAGGAUCAAGAACAACGGACACGCUGCGCAAGUCGAGAUCGACGCGGCGGCGGCCCCCCGCAUCGACGACGGAGGCCUGGCGGGGGAGUACAUCUUCGCGCAGUUCCACUUCCACUGGGGCAGCGACUCGUCCAUGGGCUCCGAGCACACCAUCAACGGCGUCAGAUACCCGAUGGAGAUGCACAUGGUGCACUACAAGACCGCGUACGGCACCAUCGGCAAGGCUGUGCAGCAGGCUGACGGUCUAGCAGUGCUGGGAGUUAUGUUCGAAAUUUCCCAGACGGACAACCCAGCCUUCACUCCGCUCGUCAAGGCCCUUAAAGAGAUCCAGGAACCUAGCAUGACGAUAGAAGUGGAUGCGCAAUACCCGCUGCGCGCGUUCCUGCCGCGCGAUGUAGGCGCCUUCUACCGCUACGACGGCUCGCUCACCACGCCGACCUGCAACGAAGUCGUCACGUGGACCGUGUUUGAUCAGGCCGUGCCCAUCUCCGAGGCCCAGAUGGAGGUGUUCAGAAAUAUGCGUAAUGACCACGGCCACAACUUGGUGAACAACUUCCGGCCUCCCCAAGCUCUCUCCAGCAGGAAGGUCUUCAUGAGCUACUCAGGCACAGGCUCCGACGCGAGCUCCAUGAAGAGCCUUGGCCUCGCCGUCUACUUCCUGUCUACUCUCGCUGUCGUCGUCGCCAGCGUGUAGACAGGCGUCACCAUCACUGCUGUGUGUAGACAGACGUCUCUAACACUGCUGUGUGUAGACAGGCGUCACUAUCACUGCUGUGUGUAGACAGGCGUCUCUGUCACUGCUGUGUGCAGACAGGCGUCUCUGUCACUGCUGUGUGCAGACAGGCGUCUCUGUCACUGCUCUGUGCAGACAGACGUCACUGUCACUGCUGUGUGUAGACAGGCGUCACCAUCACUGCUGUGUGCAGACAGGCGUCUCGGUUACUGCUGUCGUAUCAGACUGACCGUUUUGUUCUUUAUGUAUGAAUUCAUUCUCACUUGCAGGGACCGAUUAAUUCAAUCAGAUGUCAUUUGCUAGAUUAACAACUUGCAAAUCUCUUGAAGAACUUUAUUCCGACUUGGCCAUGACGACUCAAUUUGCAACUAGCAUAUUUGAUCGAAUUUUUUACUUUGAUUUGAAGAUUGGAACAGGAAAAUAACUGGUAUGAUGGGUAUGCCAAUGCCGUAGCUCUUUAACUUAGCAAUAAUUAAUAACUAUUUGAAUCAACAGAGAUAUGCUCAUCUGGAGGGAAAGAAAACUCGUGCGAUUCAUAAAAUAUACAAUGUGUAUAUGAUAAUCCAGCAUAAAAAAAUUAUUUUGUUUUGACCGUUGGUCUCAGCAAGUAUUUUCGCUUAGUAGUAAGAAAGAGAGGUCGUUCGUUACUUGAGAAAACCGCUUUCAGCCAAAGUACCUAUAUUGAAAUAACAACGCUAUUUAUUUGCUCUUUCCUCACACUGGAAAUAAUUAAUUGAGCUCCACAUGGCUUAAUAUAAAGGUAAAAUCACAUUGCACUAACAGCAACAGUAACGCGGUGCAUAAUUAUUAGAGAAAAGACGAAACCCAUAGAUUUUCAAAACCAUAAAAGGUCCUAAAAAUUAUGAGCUAUGAAUUGCAAUUGUUUCUGCCAACUCAACUUCAACUUCAAACAAAAGCUAAAGUUGCACCAACUAAGUCGAGACCAGUAUUUCGAUCCAAAAUAAACACAUUUAAAAUAGUUUUGAUCAAAUUUUCAAUCGCUAACUAUUAAAUGUUAUCGCUUCGGAGAUAAUAUAAAUUCGUGUAUCGGAAAUAUCUUGUUCAUCCAAGCCGAUUUGGCUGAGGAACAUAAAAUAAUGGCCGAAAAUGAAGUUAUUUUGAUAAACGUAACAGUUUGGAGGGAGGGUUUUCAUCUUAAAGAUGUUAUCGUCCUCCACCAGCCUUUGUAAAUAGCCUCUUUAGACACAGUAGCCUCGUGAGUCUCGAUCUUGAGUGCGGCAAUUAACCUUUACUUUACACUGGCCUCGAGCGCUCAUGUUGAUCCGGUCGAUCAUUCCUUGAUGCCGAGGGCCUGUCUUUGAUUUUAAUGCUAUUUCAAAUGCCUGUCUUUCCACUUGAAAAGCUCGAAAUUGAAAAAUACUUGACCAGCACCUUUAAUGUGAACCGGUUAGGGCUUUGAGAUUAAAAACUUGACACUUUCAAGACGUGAACUUUUUGAGUUUUAGCGAUGUAAUUGUUGUAUGUUGUUAAUCUACGAGAGUUACUGUUUAUUAAGAUAUAUAUGCCAUUUCCAGAGUUGAUUUUACCAUUAAUGCUGCCAUUUCGUGUUCCAUGUCUUACCGCUUGGAUAGAAACAAGCAUAUCAAUGGGCAAUUUUGCAUUCUUUGGAGGACAAACACGAGCUCAAAAUCGUUCUUAUAGAAUAUGCCAAUAUAGAACUGCUGAGGUUUUUUAAGCUAAUAUAUAUGUAAGAUUAUUGUCUUCCGGUUUAUCAACUCGAUAUCUCUUCGUCGUUCCGUUUUUACAUAUUUAGCAUUCUGUAAAGUUGGCCUAGAUGUACUUACGGUACAUCGAGUCGGUACCAUCGCUUAGCCAGGAUUUAGUAGCUGCUCAUCGUAUGCGUAUCCUGGGGUCUAAACCAGCUAGGGAAGGGUUUCAGUCGGCCGCUUCUCAGCCAGUGAUCUUUUUAAUAGUUGCAACAAGGAGCGUCAUUUUAAACAAAUUGCGUUACGAUGAUAUACGCAAGAUACAGAAACGUCGGUCUUUCGCUACUGAAAUUGUAUAUGAGCGUAUCCUCUUAUUCAGUUGAAUUUUCCAUGUGAAUUUUAACUUGAGGUAUCCACAACAAUUUACAAUAUUGAAAAUGAUGAAGUAAGUGAAAGAAAGUCCCAUGCUGGAUGAAACCCAACGCUUUGAAGUUUUUUUUUGGUUAAAUUAUAUUGCGAUAGAUAUUCCAAGGACCUAGUGUGUUAGAUAUUCCAAAUGUUGUGUAGAAGGACACAACACGUAAGCGUUGUUCGCUCGGAAACCUCCUCUGACAUGGCUAUUCUUUACACGUAGCUCUCACCAAAGCACUCGCUGCAAGUCUCAACGCUCCUGUUCAUGAGCGGAUCGAGUAUUGUAUUUUAGUUCCAUGCAUUUUUCAUCUUAAGAACUAGCAUCUGUCGGAUACCGGGCCAUCGUUCAUACCACAGCUGCCCGCAUGGUGUGUUGCAUAUUAUGAUGGUAUGCUAGAGCGUAAUUAAACGAACUGCAUGACACGGAAAAGUUUUGUCGCAGGGAGAUAUAAGAAUAUUUAAUGCAGCUAAAUUAAAUUGAAAGCAGAUAGCGAAUCUCUCAUGGUCCCAAGAACAUUUCUUUUCUCGAUGUUCCAUUAUAAACGAAAUUAAUCCCCCAAAAUUAUGUUAUAUCUGGUUAAUGUUAGAAAGUUUCAAAUACCUUGUUCUGAAUAAGAGAUGGAACACCAUUCCUCUCUCGUUACAUAUUUUGUUUCAUAUAUUAUAUAUACAAAAUUAUACUAUUUGGUUAAUGUUAAUAGGUUUCAAAUAACUUGUUCUGAAUAAGAGAUGGAACACAUUCCUCUCUCGUUACUUAUUUUGUUCUAUAUAUUCUGCAUUUAAAAUAUACAAGGAAAUAAACAUUUGUUACAUAUUUCAAUGCAGUUGAAGCAAGCUAGUCUAUGCAAGAAGGCACGUGCCAUAAUUGUUGUUAUUUAAAUCAUUAGAGAAUUUCCAGCCCUGCUAACGGGUCACUGAGAGCAGCUCAUUGUAAAAUCAAAAUAUUAUUAUAUUACCGAAUACUUUAGUGCAUGAACUGUUAAUAUACAUUGUUACUCCAUACUUAAAAAACUUUAUUCACACGUUCGAAAGAUAUAGUAAAUGUAUAUGAACAUCAAAAUAUUGAACAGCCUUAAGAAUGGUAAGCAACCUAACCGAGAAAGUAUUCAUUAUUUCACAGGCAAACUUAUAAUUUGCUUUCCGAUUAACUUGAGUGCGAAAAAUUUAUUCAUAACCAUAGUCAAACGAAUAAAUUAUUAAUUAUGUAACGAUUUUCAUUAAAGAAGGAGAUGAACAUGUGCGAAUAAAAUAAUUUUGCUACAAUGAAUGUGUGUGUUGCUCUCGUACGUGUUAUUAACUUAAAACAAUAUAUUAGUCACAAACACGAGUGCGCCGUUUUUGUUAGUGCGGAGUAAACGUAUCUUGUGUUCAGUGAACGUUUAAUCUUGGAGCCACCCAAUUUACACGUGUAUUAAAAUUCCAAACAAAGAGAUAGGACUUCCAUUAAGACUCCGCACAAAUCAUGUACGUGCCAAGAAUAUGUUCUUUGUAUCGAUUAGUGUCGCUGAAAUAAACAAGAUAUUCUCAU